UACCUUGACAAUGUACUUUCAGCAAGCGUGGAGGGAUAAGAGGCUGUCAUAUAAUGUAAUACCUCUAAACCUUACUCUGGACAACAGAGUAGCUGAUCAACUGUGGGUUCCUGAUACCUAUUUUCUGAAUGACAAGAAGUCAUUUGUACAUGGUGUCACUGUGAAGAACAGAAUGAUCCGUUUGCAUCCAGAUGGGACAGUCCUUUAUGGACUCAGAAUUACAACAACAGCUGCUUGUAUGAUGGACCUACGGAGAUAUCCGCUGGAUGAGCAGAACUGCACGCUGGAGAUUGAGAGCUAUGGCUAUACAACAGAUGACAUUGAGUUUUACUGGCGUGGGGGUGAUAAUGCAGUCACGGGAGUGACAAAGAUCGAACUGCCACAGUUCUCCAUUGUAGACUACAAGCUUAUCACCAAGAAUGUUGUUUUCUCUACAGGUGCCUACCCAAGGCUUUCUCUCAGCUUUAAACUUAAGAGAAACAUUGGUUACUUCAUUCUGCAGACCUACAUGCCUUCUAUUCUGAUCACUAUCCUAUCCUGGGUUUCCUUCUGGAUUAAUUAUGAUGCUUCUGCUGCAAGAGUUGCUUUAGGAAUCACAACUGUGCUCACAAUGACAACAAUUAACACCCAUCUUCGAGAGACUCUUCCCAAAAUUCCAUAUGUGAAAGCCAUUGACAUGUACCUUAUGGGAUGCUUUGUCUUCGUUUUCAUGGCUCUGCUGGAGUAUGCGUUGGUCAACUACAUCUUCUUUGGCAGGGGACCUCAACGUCAAAAGAAAGCGGCAGAAAAGGCCGCCAGUGCCAACAAUGAGAAGCUGCGAAUGGAUGUCAAUAAGGACAGAAGAAUAAUUGGCACAUAUCAUUGUCCAGAAAUGUAUUCAACAAAGAUGGAUCCACAUGAAAAUAUUUUGUUGAGCACACUUGAAAUUAAAAAUGAGAUGGCUGCCUCUGAGGCUGUGAUGGGGCUUGGGGACCCUAGAAGCACUAUGCUGGCCUAUGACACUUCGAGCAUCCAGUACCGGAAAGCUGGCUUACCCAGACACAGCUUUGGUCGCAACGCCCUGGAGCGACAUGUGGCACAGAAGAAAAGCAGACUACGGAGACGUGCAUCUCAACUGAAAAUUACCAUUCCUGACUUGACUGAUGUAAAUGCCAUAGAUCGAUGGUCGCGCAUAUUCUUCCCUGUUGUUUUUUCCUUCUUCAAUAUUGUCUAUUGGCUUUACUAUGUGAACUAAGAAACAAAGCCACCCAGGAAGCAAGAACUGGAUUUCUCUUCAAAUCGGUUGUACAGCCA